GUGGCAAAUGGAAAAAUGGAUUCCUACAUUAUUAACAUGAGCUCAUUGGCAUUUGCUAUACUGAAUGGGCCUGUUUCUGGUGCCACUAUUCUGAUGAACAUGUUUUUUGUGUACUGUUUGUCUUAUCCACAGACAGGACCAGACAACAGCAUAAAACCACCUCUUAAUGUUUUACUGGGAUCACUUAUUGGGUGCAGCCUCACUCUUAAUGUUUUUAACCUGUUAUUCGUGUCAUUUGACAGUUUUUAUCCCAAACAAUGGAUGUACACGAUUGCAUCAGCAGUUAAAAUGUAUGCCACAAGGACCAGUUUUACCACCUCUCUUGGAAUGAAUAUAUUUUACUACUUUCAGAUUGUUCCUGUCCGGCUGCCUUUUUUGGUCUGGGUGAAGACGCACAUCAAGCAUUUUACGUACUCGGGAUUGUUUUGUGACAGAAUCUUCUUUUUAUUUGAAUUCUUUCUCCAAGUUACGCACCCAUGGAAAGAGGCUAUUUCUAAAGUGGACUUGAAUUCAACCUGUAUUCAUGAGAACAUCAUUAAAGGAAAUAUAGAUGUACAAUAUAACCUAUCAAUGGCACACUUUUGGCUUAGAUGCGGUUAUUUUUUCCUUUGUCUUGUCAUUAUGCUGGCAUCAACCAUUACAACCAUUCUCUACCUGCAGAUUCACACGAAGAACAUGGAGGAGAAUACCAGCCCUUUAUCUGCCCUUAAACAGCAGAGGCAGAUGAGAGUGACCAUCAUGGGCAUCAUAAAGAUGGUCCUCUACUUUCUCUCUUCAGUGUGGCUCAUGAUAGAAGAUCUCAUGAUUUAUUAUUUUGGCAUAUGUUUUGAUCAGAAAAACCAUGUAGGUGGCUCUGUUGCAGCACUAUACUCUCUUGGAUCAGCCAUCAUUUUAUGUGUUGGUCAGUCAACAUUCCGGCUUAGGGUGAUAGAUAUUGGGAAAAACUCCUGGAAACCUUGA